AACAGCCACAGACCUCCCUUUCUAACAGUCUUCUGAAAACUAAAUAAGCUAUUUACCAAGGGGGUUUUCAGAAGAUGGCAGGGUUGAAGAACCCUCACCGAUUUCUCGCACCUUUGCCGGCGGCCGAGAUCGGCUGCGACGACGACUUCGACUUCGACGAAUCCGAUAUAUGGGGUUUCGGGCCGGAACCCCGGGAAGAAGAUCGCCGGAAGCCGAUCCCGGUCCGGCGAUCGGGUAAAAAGAAGAUGGAAAAAGGGGAUCGGCCCAGCGGAGCAGCGGUGGCGGCGGGUUCCCUGCCGGUGAACAUACCGGACUGGUCGAAGAUCUUGAAGGAGGAGAACCGCGGCGUUGUCGCCCGAGGAAGGGGGCGUCAGUUCUUGGAUUACGAUGAAGGGGACGAAGAGGUGAUGGGGAGCGGAUCGGUGAUUCCGCCGCAUGAGCUGCUGUGGAGGCGGCGGGAAGCUUCGUUCUCGGUGCAGGAGGGGAUCGGAAGGACACUGAAGGGCCGCGAUCUCAGCCGCGUGCGCGAUGCGAUAUGGCAGAGGACUGGUUUCCAGGCUUGACCUCAUCCGCCGCCGGCGUUCGCCGCUUCUCCUAAUUUUAUUUAAUUUUUGGGGGUUUAUUUUAUAAUUUUCUGAUUAUGUUAUCGGUAGGUUUUGAGGUGAAUUUAUUUAUUAUGUAAUUUUCUCGAUGAGUUAUUGCUCGCAAGAGAUUGGGUCGGUUCCGUACA